CGUGUUACGUCAUUAGACUUUCACAAUUACGUAAGCACGACAGUGUCAGUGGCUGGACUCAUUAGGCAAUUUCUCCCUUCAUUUUUACUCGAACAUGGAUUCCACAAACCAAAAGGAAACGGAAAAGCACUGUGUUUUGUGCUGCCAAGAUAUCGACAUCUUCGCCUUUGGAAAAUGUGACCACCCGGUGUGUUAUCGCUGCUCCACCAAAAUGAGAGUGCUAUGCGAGCAGAAGUACUGCGCCGUCUGCCGGGAGGAGCUGGACAAGGUGGUGUUUGUGAAGUCUGCAGAGGCAUUUUCUUCUCUGCCACAUCAGCAGUUCACCUGUGACAAAAAGAAUGACAUCUAUUUUGGUGAUGAGAAGAUCCAUGCUCAGUACAGGCACCUGCUGUUGUCACAAUGUCCCUGCUGUGCUGAACCUAAGAUCUUCUCCAAGUUUGUGGAGCUGGAGCAGCACAUGAGGAAGCAACAUGAGCUCUUCUGUUGCAAGCUCUGCACAAAGCAUCUCAAGAUCUUUUCCCAUGAGCGGAAGUGGUACAACCGUAAAGAACUCGCACGCCAUCGAGCUCACGGCGACCCAGAUGACACCAGCCACAGGGGACACCCGCUGUGUAAAUUCUGCGACGACCGCUACCUCGACAACGACGAGCUGCUCAAACACUUGAGAAAGGACCACUACUUCUGCCACUUCUGCGACGCUGACGGCUCUCAAGAAUAUUAUAGUGAUUACCAGUACUUGAGCGAGCACUUCAGAGAAUGUCACUAUCUUUGUGAGGAGGGCCUCUGCGCCACAGAGCAGUUCACCCACGCAUUCCGCACCGAAAUCGACUACAAGGCACACAAGGCGUCAGCGCACAGCAAGAGUCGUGCCGAGGCCCGCCAAAACCGCCACAUCGACCUGCAGUUCAACUUGGCUCCAAGACAACAGAGGAGAAAUGAAGGCAUGGUCACCGGGGAGGAUUAUGAGGAGGCUCGUCACCACCGAGCAGGAAGAGGAAGACUUCAGGUGGGACAGAAGAGCUGGCGGUACUCUCGUGAGGAAGAGGACAGAGAGGUGGCAGCCGCUAUGCGGGCGUCGAUGGCAAUUCAUAGACAAGACGAUCGACUGGCCGCGCUGGAGAGGAGCGCUCCCAAAUAUUAUCGGGAGGAGAGGACCGACAGACCCCAAUCGGAAGAGCUAAAUCCCAGGGCGGGGCCAAUCAAACCGACAAGCAAGCCUCCAGUCAGGACAAUGAGGAGUUUAAAUCCAAUGGAGGAGGAGGAUGACUUUCCGGUAUUGGGAGCUGCUGCACCACCUGCAACUGUGAAGUCCUCUUCACCGGCGGUUCCCUCAGCACCCAGGACUCUUAAGGAAGACGACUUCCCCAGCCUGUCAGCGAAUAACGUCGCGGCCCCCAUGACGCCGUCUUAUCCCGCCCAACCAAAGAAGUCUUCUUUUCAAGAGGAGGAUUUUCCCGCUCUCGUGUCCAAAAUUCGGCCCCCCAAAUCCGCAACGGGCAAGAACUCUGCGUGGUCCACUCACACUGUUCCGGCCCAGCCCAAAGCUCACCCCGCUCCUUCCGCCAGGCCUCCCCAUCAACUCUCCUCAACAUCCCCCGGCCCCCAACUCUUGACCUCCUCAAGCUCCUCCUCAUUGUCAAGGAGAAAAAAGAAAGUCGGGGAGAACUUAAAAGUGGCUCCCGUGUGCUCGCCUCCUUCCUCCGACGACGAGAGUGGCGGAAUGACGCAGCAGCAGUUCCGCUCGGUGCCCACCAUGCUUGACAUAUCAUCUCUGCUGACAGUGAAAGGAAGUGGCGGCAAACCUUUCACCGCGAACGGCAGCGCGCCCACCUUAGCGCCUAGCGCUGACCUCCUUACCGCUAAAGCCAGCAAGAAGAAAAAACAAAAGAACACGCCUUCUCCUUCUCACUCCUCAGAAUCGGGAACGCCGGCGCCCUCAAAGACGCUUUCGGUGGAAACGACGGCUCAAAAGGAGAAUGUUCCUGAAAAAAACAGGACCAAGCUCUCCAGUGCCGCCGUGGCGACGGCACCGAGCCGAUUGGUAAACGGCUUCAACGAGAAACCAGCCAUUAGUAAGGAGACGGUCACGGCUUCGCCACAAACCAACUCGGAUGCAUUCGUCGAACAAGAGGAAGACUUCCCCGCCCUCAACUCGAAGAAGCCACCUCCAGGCUUCAAGACCUCCUUCCCAACAAAGUCAUCCGCUCCUCCUGCCCCAUCCUCAUCAAUGCCCCCGCCGCCGCCCGGCCUGGGACUUUUGGCCACCAAGCCCCCUCCGGGCUUCACUGGGAUCCCCCUCAACAGUAACGUGGUGGAGAGCCCUCCUUUGGCGGUUAACCUCCUGCCGAAAACAUCGAAUUGUGAUUACCUGCUUCCCGAGGACUUCCAUCAGAGAAACCUGGAGCUGAUCCAAUCCAUUAGAAAGUACCUCCAUGAUGACGAGUCCAAGUUCAAUCGGUUCAAGAACUAUUCGGCACAAUUCAGACAGGGUGUCCUGUCUGCAGCCCAGUAUCACCGCAGCUGCAAGGACUUGCUGGGCGAAGACUUCAACCGCAUCUUCAACGAGCUCCUGGUCCUGCUGCCGGACACCGUCAAGCAGCAGGAGCUCCUGAUGGCGCAUGGAGACUGCAAGGCUCUGGAGAAACAGUCGGGAACGGGAGGAGGCGGUGGAGGAAGGAAAAGCAAGAACAAGAAAAACGCAUGGCAGACGCAUAGCACGCAGGCUAACGGCAACGCUAACGCCAACGCUGUCGAGCUGGACUGCCAGGUGUGCCCCAUGUGCAGACAGGUGCUAGCCCCGAAGGAUUUCAACUCCCACAAGACGCUGCACAUGCGGGACGACGACGAGUUCCCUUCCUUGCAGUCCAUUAGCCGAAUUAUCAGCUAGCCCCGCGGUGCCAUUAAGUACUCUGUUGAUGACUCCCAUCGACAGCUGCCAGCAUGGAAGACGGCCGCGGUGGCUCACUGCUCGAAAGGGGGACAACGUGUGGUUCCCGAUGGAACACGACGUUCGAACAUGUAACAGUUAAAAUGUCAUCUGAAAUGUUGGCACUGUGCAAUGUGAUUUCAAGAGGACGGAAGACGCAACCUGAUGAGCUUACUUGAAGAAGGCCUUUGCUCCUGAAAAGCCCCCCCCCCCCCCCCCCCCACCCCCGCUCACGAAUGACACGUUUUCCUCUUUUGGUUAACAUGACAGUUGAUCCUAUAUCAGUAUCAAGUCAGGAUGCCUGGUUCGAAAAUAAAAGCAGUUCCAAACUAAAUUAUCCAGCUCAUUGUGUUAAUGUAGCUGUUGAGCUCCAUUGAGUUGUGACUGUAUGCAAAAAUAGAACAAAUGUCUUUUUUUUCAUUUCUAUCUGUUCAAUCUAAUGGAAGAGUUUGCAAUUUUGAAGAAAAAAAUCUAUACAGGUAUAUAUAUAAAUUAUUUUUUGUUAAGAGGUGACAGUACUACAUGAUAAAUGAGGCCAUUAUGUGCCAGACAAGAAACCACCGCGUCCGAGGAAAAAACAACCAGAGAGAGAGUGGAGUGGACUUUCAAUCAUUUGUUGCGCAAUCACAGACACACUUGUCACGGAAAUGCUCCCACCACCCCAGGGUGACUUGUUACCGCAUAAAAGCACCUUAUUUGUGAUUGAGUGUGCAUUUGGUAUGGCCCUGGGGUUGUCCCCGCUACGAUGACCGCAAGUGUACGACUAAAAGAUUGACAAAAGUCACCCCUUCUGACUGGUUAUUUUUCCUCAAAGACAACACGGGGCCACUAGCUGCUAAUUAUUUUCCACAGCUACUACUGUCUUUAUCAGGUACAACUGUCGGGUUGUAUUGUCUGUCUUAACAAAUAUGGUGAAAAGUGUUUUCUGUUUGCCCGUUUUUUUUUUUUUUAAUUGCAAACCCUUCAACUUACUUGAGGACUGAUUAAAACAUUGGACCCAAUUUAUUUGAUUUAAAUAGAACCCCACUCAAAUGAGCAGUGUGUUCCGUUUGCUUAUUUUCUGUUUAAAUUAUACACUUAGUUUUGAAUAAGCGGGUUUAAUUCACCUCACAAAGGUUAAGAGGAGCACAUUUGUAUUUCAGCCCACAUAGUUUUAAUUAAAAUGUGUACUUCAACACUUGCGUUGGCACUCUUCUCUCAGGACCUUCAGCUUGCAGUGCUGUGUAUCAAACACGACUAACUUCAUGACAAACCACAUGUAGUUUGUCUUUACAUCAUGCAGCUGCUUGUGCUGCCGUUUCGAUUUUCUGUCGGGCUCCAAUAAAGCCAUUUCUGUUGGAUGCAUUUUCCUGAAUGUUUUUCUUUAACCUUAAUUCUAAUAUUUGUCGUUGAGUCCCCGCGGUAUUAUUAUUAUUUUUUGUCAUUCUCUGGAUGCAUAUCAUGUAUUGAUUAUCACUACACUGCGUAAGUGUUGUGGCUGGUCAAUAUAUGAUAUUACCGUUUAUGCUCCAACUUUAUUUGACUCACAGAAAGAAACAGGCAAUCAUGUGUUUUUUUUUUUUAAUUGAGAGUGAUGCUCAGACUGCAGUCCAGAGACACUCAUGAACGAGUGACACAUGUCUGUACACAGCGUUUUCCUUUUCCUUUUUUUUUUUUUUUGGGUUACACAGAAGUCAAAACACCGUCAAAACAAGAAGGGGGGGAAGAACUCAAGGCAUUUCGUAAAGGCAGCACGCAAAAAUGAAAAGUCACUUGUUAGUUGAUGGGCUUUUGAUUUCCAUCACCAAUCUGACGGAGGAAAAAUUUUAACAUCCAUGCAAAGAAUUAUACUGGAACCCUCACAAUUAACAGCACCAGCGUUACUACAAAUCACUUAUUGUAUUAUAUCUCAGUCCAACAAAACUACAGCAUGAUCACAGACUUAAAUUUUUGUGUCCGUGGCCCAUUUAGAAGUGCUGAAAGUAUUUCUGAACAAGAGCGCACUUUUGUUCAUAAUUAUUUGUCAUGUGUAUAUAUAUAUAUAUAGAUAUAUAUAAUGUAUAGAGAGAGAUUUUUUUUCUUGAAAAGGAGUACAGGACAAACCAGAUCUUGGACAUCAUCACAUACAUGUUCCAAUUAUUUGAAUAACAUACUGAAUUGUACAAUCAACCAACACACAGCAGUGUACAUGGGCCAGAGCACAAAACACAGAAAAUGUUGGACUUAGGGUUUUCUUUUUUUUGUCUACCACACUGACUGACAGAAAAAGAA